CUUUGUCGUCUGUCGUCACUUCCUUAACUAAGCUAAAACUAAUAUGGCUGUCAUGUUUACAAUAAUCAGUUAGUAGCGUUGGUUUAAAAUGUAGACAACAUUUAAUUUAGCCAUCCAUUAUCCAUAACUUCUCUGCUCUUUUUCUUCGUGCCAACACCGAUGCACAUAUAUUCAUCCUACAUCUACACCUGCACCACCAUUCCUGUUCCUCUAAUCAACAAUUGUUUCUCUGAUGCAGUCUCACACAGGACCCCUCAGGUGUGCUGAUUGUGAUGACAACCAUGACUUUUCAUCAGCUGCUUCGCUACUCUCUCACUUUGCGCAACACAUCAUUAUUGCUGAGGCAGGAGCACCGUUGGACUCCUCCAGUACUUCAUGUACCUCUAGAAAGAAGAAAAGUGAGAGCUUAAUGGAGCAAAUUCUACAGCGCACAUCAAAAAGGAUAAGUUCUAAGAAAAGAGUUGGUUCUUCAGGAAGUGGCCCCCCCAGGUUGUUGCCCUUAAACCUUCAACAUGUUGCCAAUAUGUGUACUCCACCUCUUCUACGGUUCUUCCAGAAGAAAGUGGAACCAGCAGAUCUAGAACAUGGUACAAAUUCUUAUGAAAACAAGGAACACCAGGAUGUUCACUUGAAUCAGAGCAGCAGCUGCAGCAGCACCAGCAGCAACAGCAGUAGCAGCAGCAUGAACGGCCACCUUACCUCCAAGAUUUUGAACGGAUCGUCGGUCCAUCUUGCCAAAUUUGACAUGCAGGAGCGAUUAGAGAAUUGUGUUUUGAAUCUUGUUUCCAAACGGGAUGUCAAGAGGUCAGCUGAGAGGACAAUACCUGAUCUACCCCCAUUAAUUCCAACUAAAAAGCUUUAUACUGACAACUGUGAAAAUUGGGACUGCACCAGUGCAGUAGAGGAGAUCAACCCUUUAACUUUCUGCACCGUCACAAUUGAUGACUGUGAAAAUGGCACAGAUACUGAUGAGGUGAAAUUUGACGUGUCCAAGAAGAGUGGUACACGAAAGCAGCCAGCACCAAAAAGGAUUUCAAGAUCAGAAAAUGAUGUUAUUCAUGCAUUAACAUCAAAACUUCCUGAACACACUACAUUAACAUCUGUAGAUUGUCCUAGUCCUGAGAGAGAGAAGCCUGUUUCCAAGAAGAAGUAUCCUUGCCAUAUUUGCUCCAAAGUAUUUGGUUGGUCUACUGAUUUGAAAAGGCACAUUCUCAUUCAUACUGGGGAGAGGCCUUUUAAAUGCAAGCUGUGUCCUUCCUCUUUUACUCGGAAUUUUCUUUUGCAAAAGCAUGAAAGUAAAGUUCAUAAUCGCACUGCUGGUAGAUUUGUUGUUAAUGGCCAGUUAGAUGCCAUUGCCUUGAAACUACAAUCUACUGAUCAAGAGGACAACAUUAUCUCCCUUCUACCCAACCUUGAAACGCCAUACAACAUUUCCAGUAAACCACCUCUUGAUGCACCAGAAUUGAGUGAAGAUGAAGCUGAAGCAGAUGGGGAUGAUCGGAGCAGUGCUGAUGAAAAUGACAAUCAUAAUCAGAAAAUCAAGAACCUCGCUUUGGAAAUGCAAGAUCCAUGUCGUAUCAAACAGACCUGGCACUCAUCAAAUUUGGCUCAGCCAGCCCUUCAGUAGUAGAUGAUGGAUGAAGUGCAUCAAUUGCAUUAAUAUACUUAUUAGGUAAAUUCAUAGAAAUGAAUUUGUUAGGGGUGUCAGUAUGCUUCAGGCUAUCCCUGUUUAAUUUACCAGUGCAGGGAUAGUCUUCUGUUGAUAUGCUCAUUUCAGAGAAAAGAUUCCAAGUAAAUAUUGACCUCGCUCUUUCUGUAUCCAAUGAAAAUAUGAUUUAUCAUACUUGGUCCAUCCUGGGUUUAAAAUUUUAAUAUGGCUGCUAACCAAAACUCAUUUAUGGUGAUUGACAAGAGCCCUAUCUGGAAUAAUUGGUGGCUGCUUUCUGGUAGGCAUGGAGUCCAUUGCUCAACAUAUAUGGGGAUUUUAUUUCUGGAUAGAUUUUCUUAUUUCCCAUCCUUAUAGGGGCAAUGAAAACAAUGGUCUGUUAUGACAUGAACUGAUUCUGUGGUUUCUCUUUUAGAUAAUACUUAAUUCUAUGCUGUCAUUCAUAGUAAUGAAGAGGUAUUUCCCUGCGGGACUUUUAUUUGUUAUAUAAGUUCUCUUGUUGAACUUUCCUUAGAGUUUGAAAGUACUAUGUUGUCAUCUCCCUUGCUUUAGUGGAAGGUAAGUGCAGUUGGACUUCGUAGGCAGCUACAAACAAAUCACGUGCAUCAUGGAUGUGUUGUUGUCAUUCUUUUUUUUUAUUUCCUUGAGGAUUUGUCAGUAUUUAAUCAGUGUUUCUAGGAUGGAGAGAGCAGUAAAAUGUGGCUUUGUGUUAUCAAAGCUCAGUAUUAACAGCUGUUAUGGUUGUCUAGUCUCAAGUCAGAUUAUCAACAAUCUAAGUAUUUUUAUUCCUAAUUACAGGUUUCCAGUUUGUUAGUUCUUGAAAUAAUUAUUGGUGACAAUAUUUUCAGAAUCAGAUUUACGUCUUUUUUAAAAAAAACAAAGGACAAUAAAUUUCCUAUUGAUAGUACCAUACCACUCAGUGCAUAUGGAUACACACAUACAGUACUAGUGCACACAGCUUUUACCUUGAGAGUGCUCAAAACUGUGAAUUUAGUUCCUUGAAUGACUCGGUUGAGACCAAAGACAUGCAAGUUAUAUCUUGCUACUAUCGGUAUGUAUGUUCCAACUAGUUUCACUUAAAGCCAAAGGGCUAAGCCAAAUGUAUUGAUUGUAUUACAGUAAAUUGCUUUUGAACGUCGGUGUUAGUUUCUCCUGUGGUAAUUUUUUUUUGUUUCUGUUAUUGUUAUUUUAAAAUUUUAAAUUUGGGCGUUUUUAUCUAACUCAAUUUGUACUUAAUCAGUUCAUUAGUGAACAGAAUAGUUAUUACUCUGAUACAGGUUUAAAAUAAGUGUAACAUUGACUAUUGACAAUAAUUUUCAAAUGAAGUAAUGAUAUAGGGAUCAAGUAUAAUUUUUUGUUUCUCUGUGUUGUUUUUGUGUGCGUUACUGGACUUUUUAUAAAUGGUAAAAAGAAUACUAUUGUGACAUGUACCUGCUGUAACUUGUAGAUGCUCUGUUAAAUUGUAGAAUUGCUUCUUAUGCCCAACUAGGUUGGUAAAUUGUCCUGCAAAAUUAAUCCAAAGCAAUGUGGACUUCUAUCAACUGUCAUGAAGCUGUAGUGUUUCAUUCAGAGUCCUUGUUUACAAUAAGAGCUAUAGUGCAAAAUUUUUCUUCAUAAAGACUGACCAUACUUAAUGCAAUUUUGCUCACAUUACUUGGGCUUCCUUCUGUUAGCAUCAGACCUCAACUACAAGGAUACAUUGUUUUUCGUACCGGCUGACCAAGCAUUACAUGGUGCUGCGUUUAAGGAAACAAAAUGCAUAUAUCCAAACCUUAAGAGUGUGACUUUAAUUUCUGAACUUCUUGAGGAAACAGUGCUAUCAAUACUCCUUUUAACUAUGAAAUCAGAAAGUUUCUUGCAAUUUACAAAGGUACAUGCAGAGUUCAAUAUGUGAAAGCUUGUCUUAUUCUUAUCUUUACCAUGUUUAUAGGAUACUUAUAAGUACCAUGAUUUGUAUUUGAAGGAAGUUGAAUGGAAGUGUUCAUUCUUGCUUUCAUCUUUCCUUCUUCUUGUUAGUUCAGUAUUUCAUUAUGAAAGUUGAAUUCUUGUAUAAUGUUGGUUAAAUUUUAUUGGUAUUUUUUUUUUAUUAUUGGAACCAGUGACAAUAACUUAAAUCUGGGGUAACUCAGCAUAUAAGAAAAGUAUUAAAUUUUUAUUUGUUAUGUUUGUUUUUGUUUCUUCUUUGAUAAGGUUGGGCAGAACUUAAUGGUCAGUGUAUUUCUUUGUGGUGAUUUUACGGUCAUUUAACCAUUAUAGUAUCACCCUUUGCUAAGAGAUUGUGAUUGUUAUGUUUACUUAAUUCAAGUUCAAGUGGGUGGUCAAAGUAUUACAUUUUAUAGCCACGCCAAAGUAUAAUCUUAGGACUCCUUAUUAGGAUUCCAUUAUCUUUCCAGUGGUAUCUUUGUUUUGCCAUGAAAAUAGAACUGGGUGCUAAAUUUGUCUCAAAAUUCAAAUUUUUUCAGACUGUUAUGUUGGUUUCAUACUCUGAUGUGGCUUUGUCACCAAGGCAAUUUUUCUCCUGUUAUAGACACCUUUGUUCAGUUUACAAUCAAAAUUUUGAAAGUAUGGCAAACUUAUAUAUAGAAACUGUAAUGACUUUCUUCGUCUUUAAAAUUAAAGAUUUAUUUUAUUUGUUUUAACUACUCUUUCAAAUCUUCUUAAUGACGGGGAACCACUGAUAUAUAAUGGCAUGGACAAUAAAUUUGUGACAAUAAUAAGUGCAAGCAUACAGUUGGUCAGUGAAUAUUAGUAUGUUAAAACUUUGUAACAAUAAGCAUUUACAUGUAUCUAUUUACAACACUUAUUCACAAUUCUUCUGUAUUUAUUUAUUUCAUCAAACAGUUGAAAUAUUGUUAUAAAUUUAAAUGGGUCAGUUUUUGUUAACUUUUUAUUUUUAUGACAUCAAUAUUUGAAAACCCUCUUCCAGUGCUUACAGACUGCUGCUAAACAACAGCAAGAUUGAGUGUGAAAAUGGUGAUUCUUAACUCUGUCUGACAAAAAAAUGUAGCGAUUGUUAUUUUUAUCUCAUUCCAGUAGGAACACAAAAAUUGAUGCAGUGAAUGAAGUGCUGUUAAAGGUGAAUCACCACCAUAUUUUUGGAAUGAUGUGCAAUGUACUGUAGAUGCUUUUAGUAGUAGAAAUGUGUGGGAAUACCUUCCGUAUCUAGUCGGCUUAAAUGCCAGUAUGUACCUCUGAAUGGUGCUUACUCAGAGAAUUGUUUCACUUAUAUGUUAUGUUACAGGAUAGAUUUAUCAAUUCUUUUAAUAGUAUAUAUAUAUUGGCUGUCAUUAUAUACUUUUAAGUCUGAGCAUCAAAUUGGUGUUAGAUGUAUAAAAGGUACCCCUGUAAGUUUGAAAAUUAGUUGUUUGCAUAUGCACACCCACCCCAUACGUUUUUUUCUUUUUUUUCUUUUUAAAGUGGUGCUGUGUUGCAAUCAACAAUGCUGGUUGUAAACCAUUUUGCCUGUUUCUUUCUCUAAAUGCGUAUAAGGGGAGGGAUUUUAAUCAAUAUUUUAAUUUAUUGGAUUGUUACUCACAUGCCUUGAGAGGGAAAAUUGUGUGUUAAAUUUACCACUCCUGUGGUAUUACAACCAUCUGGCAGCAGUCAAAAUUUAUGUUUGUAUCUUACUUACAUACACUUUUUAUGUUUGUUGGUUUUCAAAUCGCUUAUGAAAUGAGUAUGUUAGCAAGAAAUCGUUAGUUUAGUAUUAAAUGAGCAUGGCUCAGUGUUUGACAAUACAGUUUGUAUUAGUAUAAAGGUUUUGACUCAUGUGUGCAACUAAAAAAAAUAAUUGAAACUGUUUGUAGUAAAGAUUGUGUAUUUUGUGGUCAUAUUUUAUAAAUCUGCUGUGUCGCAAAAAGCCUUUUUUUUUUUUUUUUUUAAAUUCCCCUCUCACAUGGAUUUAACCAUGGAGAAUUUUGUGAAUGUUUAGAUAUAAGUAGGCACAAGAUUGUACUUUGGGAUACACUAGUGAUAUGUGAUUUAUGAAUAAUGACAAUAAUUUUAUUCAGACAAUAAUAGGAUUUGUGAUGCUUCGUUCGGACAAUACAUUAAAAAAAAUAAAAUUGUGACAAUAAACGACAUGCACCCAGGAAAAUUAACGA